AUGGCGUCUGUAUCGCCACCUAAACCGUGGGAGAGGGCUGCCGCUGCGUUAAGCACCGCAUCACCUACUUCUGCUCCCAGCACAUCAACUAUGACCGCAGCACCAACAGCGGCACCCGCCGCCGCAACAAUCACCGGAUCCUCACCCUCAACAUCAACAAACUCCACCACACCUGGCCUCCCCUCUCGACCCGACACUCUCAACGCGGUCGUCAACCGCACAGCAUCCACAUACUCCCCCUACGGCGCAAACAGAUUUGGCGCAAGUCCCUACAACACAUACGGCGGUUACGGCGCCUACUCAUCGCCAUAUUCGCGCUUCGGCUCAAUGUACGGCGGCAUGGGAGGCUACGGCGGCAUGUACGGUGGCAUGGGUGGUAUGGGCGGCAUGUACGGUGGUGGCAUGCCGGGCGACCCUAAUGAUCCGAAUAGUUUGACGAAUUCGUUCAGUCAGAGCACGGCUGCGACGUUUCAGAUGAUUGAGAGUAUUGUGGGCGCUUUCGGCGGGUUUGCGCAGAUGCUGGAGAGUACUUAUAUGGCCACACAUAGUUCAUUUUUUGCAAUGGUAUCCGUGGCCGAACAGUUUGGCAACCUCCGCAACACAUUAGGCUCCGUGCUAGGCAUAUUCACAUUGAUACGAUGGUUCAAAACUCUCAUGGCAAAAUUGACCGGCCGUCCACUCCCAGCCGACGCCACAGCAUUGACUCCGUCUGCCUUUUCUGCAUUUUUGAGCGGUCGAUCUGCGCCAGCCACACUGCCAGAUGGCAGCCCUGCUCCUGCGCGACCUUCCCGCAAGCCAUUUUUUAUGUUCAUUCUCGCCGUGUUUGGUCUGCCUUACUUGAUGGGCAAACUUAUUCGUUCCCUUGCUCGUUCUCAGGAAGAGGAAGCCCGUCGCCAACAAGCGAUCAUGGGCCCUAAUGGAGAAAUACAAAACGCUCCCCUCGACCCUUCGAAAUUAGACUUUUGCCGCGUGUUAUAUGAUUAUACCCCCGACGCUCAGAACACGGCUGGAAUCGAUCUCGCCGUGAAGAAAGGCGAUAUCGUCGCUGUACUCGGUAAAUCAGACCCUAUGGGCAACCCCUCUGAAUGGUGGCGAUGCCGUGCCCGCGACGGCGGCGUCGGUUACCUACCAAGCCCAUACCUGGAGACCAUCCAACGACGACCCGCACAAGCCGCCAUUACAGCAGGUCCUACAUCUACUAGCGCUCCCGGUAGUCGCACCAGCACAAUGACUAAAACCGACAGCGGGCUUGCGCUGCGAUCGCAAAGCAUGACUUCUGUGCCGCAAGACUCGAAGCCUGUUGUGUCGGGGAAGAUGGGAGAUAUUACUGCCGAGAGUUUCCAAAAGAGCGCUUUCAACAGUUCAUAA